AUGUUUUCUUUGAAAAAGCUUCAUGAUGUCCGACUCAUCAAGCCAACCAAGGAAGUCAAACCAGGGGUUUUCCGGGGACCCGCUUCGUCAAGCAGCUACCCACCCUGGCCGUUCACAGCUUCUCCUUCCCCCGUGUUUAAGAUAAGCGCAGAGAAAGAUGCGCUCUACGCCCAUGCUUACUUUGGUCUUCUGGAACCCGACCUGAAAAUCGUUUCCUUCUUGACAGCUGCCGCUGCUUUGAAGUUCUUCCGUCUUGUGGAGGACAGAUGGAGCGUGUUGUGUGAUGACAUUGAGCGUGGGACUCUGCUCGCGAAGCUGGGAGUCCCAGAUGAACUUCGCCAGCAGCUUCAAGGUCACAUUAGACCAGAUCCAGCCAGGGCUGCUGAAGUAAGGAAAGUCAUGAGGAACGGAUGUGAGAAUGUUGUGCAGAAACUUUGGCCAGGUUGUUCCGUUAUCAAAGGAUCGGCCACGGGAACCUAUGAAAACUCAGCCAAACUGUUGCGGCAGUACAUUGGCGAUACUCCCAUCUACUCACCAUACCACAUCGCCUCAGAGGCACUGUACGGAGUUUGUGUCAACUCACGUGACAGCGAGCCAGGCGUGAUUGAAUACACGAUCAUCCCGCAAGCCAACUUCUAUGAAUUUAUUCCCGAGGAGGAUAUAGCUAAAGAACAGCCGGACACUCUCUUAGCAACAGAGGCACUCCCCACCAUGGAUGCUGCACUGGUGGAAGCAGACCUUGUGCUAUGUCCUGUAAACACUGAUACAUCCACACCAGCUCUCUCAUUAGAGUUUUUAGCCACCGUGAUAUUGUGUCUGUAG